AUGGAGAAUCAGUGCACGGUGCAGGUGAAGCUGGAGUUGGGACACCGGGCACAGCUGAGGAAGAAGAUGACCACUGAAGGCUUCACUCAUGACUGGAUGGUGUUUGUGCGCGGCCCUGAGACCGGAGACAUCCAGCACUUUGUAGAGAAGGUUGUAUUCCGCCUGCACGAGAGCUUCCCCAAGCCUAAGAGAGUGUGUAAAGAGCCGCCAUACAAAGUGGAGGAGUCGGGCUACGCAGGCUUCCUCAUGCCCAUCGAGGUCUACUUCAAGAACAAGGAGGAGCCCAAAAAGGUGUGCUUUAACUACGACCUCUUCUUAAACCUGGAGGGGAACCCACCUGUGAACCACUUGCGCUGUGAGAAACUGACUUUCAACAACCCCACCAAAGAGUUCAGGAGAAAGCUGAUCAAGGCCGGAGGGGUGCUGGUGGUUCCAGAGGGGGCAGAAGCAGUGUCCAGGCCCAGUCCAGACUACCCCAUGUUGCCCACCAUCCCCCUGUCGGCCUUCUCAGACCCAAAGAAGACCAAGACCUCGCACACGUCCAAGGAGCCCAGCAAAGAAGGAACUGGAAGCAGCAAAGGGCCUAAACCACACAAAGUGACAAAGGACCAUCGUGAGAGGCCGCGAAAGGACUCUGAGAGCAAGGCCUCAUCCAAGGCAGACGGUGAACGUGACUGUGGCAGCAGCAAGAGCAACAGAGACCCCUCCUCCAAGAAACCUUUGGAUAUUAAAGCCAAGGACGAAGUCAAGGUCCUGCCCAAAGCUGCCUUCAAGGAGCCAAAACUCACACUGAAGGAGUCUAAGAUGGAAGGCAUGUCUCCCAAGGGUGGGGGUCCGGGCGCGGGUGGAGGUGGGGGUGGGGGAGGAGGCAGCGGAGAGGCAAAAGCUCCAGGGAAAAGACCCUCCACUGUGGACUCUCCUAAGCCCAGCAACAAGAAGCAAAAGAAAGGUAGCUCAGAAGGGCCCAAGGCUGGUGCAGGGGCCGGCUUCACGGGCUCCUCGCCAAGGGUAUCAUCCUCAUCCUCAGCCACAGUACAGUCGUACGAGAAGAAGGCCUCCAAAGAAAAAGUGCGCUGGGCCAAGGGCAAAAACGACGCACUGGAAAUCAAAGAGGCCAAGAAACCGCAGGAGUCCGACGAGUCCAACUCGGAAGAUGAGGCAUCGUCCAAGUCUGAGCAGUCCGCCCAGUCCAGCGCCUCCAACUCCAGCUCCAGCUCCGACUCCAGUUCAGACUCAGACUUUGAGCCCGGCCAGAAACCAGGACAAGGCCCCUUACGGUCCAUGGUGGAGGAGAUCCAAUCGGAAGAGUCGGACGAUGACGACAGCAGCUCCGAAGAGGGAACCCCGGUCAAAACCAACCCUGGAAACUCCCGCCUGAGCCUGGACAGCGAGAGCGACAGCAGCGAUGGCUCUCACCGGCCCAGCAGAGAGCCUGCCCCUCCACCCCCCAAGCAUAAUAGCAACAACAAUAAAGUGUCGGGCAGAAAGAGCCCUGACUCCACUUUCCGCUCGGAGAAGGUGCUGAAGAAGGGAUACGACAAGGUAGGAAGGGCGUAUACCGAGGAGUUGGUGGACCUACACCGCAGACUCAUGGCUUUAAGAGAACGCAAUGUGCUUCAGCAGAUCGUUAACCUGAUCGAGGAGACGGGGCACUUUAACGUCACCAACACCACCUUUGACUUUGACCUCUUUUCACUGGACGAAUCCACGGUCCGCAAACUACAGAGCUACCUGGAGGCCACCGCCACGUGA